AUGGAUGACCUGAAUGGGCUGAGUUGGUCAUCCAACUCCAAUGCGCCCGCCAACAAACCCCCUCCCAUGGGCUCUGGCUUCAUGUUUCCCAAUGUCAAACCCAAUGGUGCCUCCGGUAGAUCAACACCGAUGUCCGCUGCUUCGAACCGAUCCAAUUCGCCAUCCAAACCGCCCACAUCUACAUCUACCGGAGAUAGCUUUGCGAACUUGGUGUCCUUCAAUUCAUCCGCGGCAAACAAGAACAUUUCGCUGGUAGAGCAGCAGAAGCGAUUACAGGAGGAAAAGGCCAAGAAGGCAGCGGAGGACCGCCGGCGGUACGAUGCGCAGUAUGGAGGUCAGAACUCGCAGUUCUGGGACAACUUGGAACAUGGCCGGACCCCGAGCCCCGCGACGGCGGCGAUCGCGAAAUCCAUAUCGCCACCAGCAGACGACGACGAUAUACUGGCUGCAUUCAGCGCCGCUGCGCCCGUUGAUGCAUCAACAAACUUCCCCGUCCCAAGCUCCAACGCAUCUCCCCAGGUUGGUUCUAAUUCGCGACGAGGCACACCUAGUGGGGGGAUAACGAUGCAGGAUAACUCGGGGGGCUUGGGUGCAUUUGGCGACGACGACGACGAUCCGUUUGGUCUCAAUCAAUUGAAGUCGAAGCCAGCACCGGCUCCGUCGCAAGCUGCCGCAGACGAUGAUGAUUUCCUUGGGCUACUGGGAAAACCCGUGUCAGAGAUCCCUCGCCAGCAGCCGCCCCCAGAGCGGCAAGUUCCCUCCCACCGUGAUCGCGAAAACCAGUCCGCCUCCCCCAUGCCUUCGAACGAAGUUGAUCGAGCGAUUGCAGAGCUGGUGGAUAUGGGAUUCCCCGCGGACAAGUCACGGCAAGCCCUGAAGACUACGGAGUCAGGAACCAAUGUCCAGGCGGCUGUUAGUUGGCUACUCACGCAAGCACACGCCGAGUCAAGGCAAAAGUCCCAAGGGAGAUCUCCUGCACCCACUCAACCCGGUGAUCGCACGGAGCGAAGUGAUAGUCGACACCGGGAUCCCCCUUCCUGGGCGAGGGAAGGUAGACAACAGCCUCCUCGGUCGCGCGAGGAUAGUCGAAGCCCCGGGGCUGGAGAGAAAGACCCCGCACAAAUAGCCUCUCAAUUUGGCAACAACUUGUUGAAAACUGCUGGCUCCCUCUGGAAGACUGGUAGCAAGAAGUUCCAGCAAGCUGUGAAUGAAUUCAAUGCUGCCGAUCAUGACCCUAACCAGCCCAAGUGGAUGAGGGAUGCAUCUGCGCCUCGCGAGGAGCCAUUCCCUCAACAGCCGCCCCGGCGCGGUGGUGAAAGGGAGCAAGCGCAAAAUCAGCACCAAGACUUCACUAACGAGGCACUACUCUUGGAAGCUCGUGAUUCUGGACCACCUCGAAAGCCUGCUCGCCCGCAGGAUCAGCGCCAAUCCGCUCCCACUAGUAGCGACCCGCGUCGCCAGCCAUCGCCAGCCACCCAACAUAUGCAGCAGGCCAACUUCCUCCAGCGUCCAUCACGACCGACCUCUACGGAACCCAAAUCUCGUCUCUCCCGAUUUGCUGCCGAGGAGCAGUCGGCGCAAGCAUAUGUCAGCCCGGCAAGGCGGCGACAGCCUCAAGCGCCACCUCCAGCACCCGAGCCCAAUGUUGAUCUCUUUGAUUCUCCCAUCCCUUCGUCACAGCCGCCCAACCGAAGCCCUCAACCUCAGGCCCGACCGCCGCCAGCGCGUUCAGCUCCUAUCCCAGCACGCCCCAAGGCUCCGUCCCGGUCUAUACCGCCCGUAUCUGCAGAGGCUCUGCAAUCGACUCACCGCCAUCGCGAGAAAGCUGCAGAUGCGUACAAGCGGGGCGACUAUGCAGCUGCACAUCAAAGUUUCUCUACUGCGCUCGACAUGCUUCCUGACAAGCACCCGAUCACGAUCAUCGUUCGCAGUAACCGAGCAAUGACCGGUCUGAAGAUCGGUGAGCCAAAGGGUGCCAUUGACGAUGCUGAUAUUAUUUUGACAAUGAUCGGACCGUCAAAGGGCGAAGAUGAGACAAUUGACCUCGGUAAUGGCGACGCCGCCAAGCCCAUGAAGGACUUCUAUGGUAAGGCCCUCAUGCGCAAGGCCGAAGCUUUAGAGCAACUUGAACGAUGGUCGGACGCAGCACAGGCCUGGAAGUUGGCCGUGGAAUCCGGCCACGGCGGAGGUACUAGCAUUCAGGGCAGGAACCGAUGCGAGAAGGCCGCUGGAGUCAGCAAACCUCCGUCAAAACCCUCAGCCCCUGUCAGAAAGAGGCCCACCCCGGUACCCAAGAAGACGUCUGCACUGUCAGAUCUCUCCGGCGGAGCCGCUUCUGGCCAAGACUCGGAGGCUGUUAGUCGAUUGAGGCAGGCUAACCAGGCUGCCGAACGUGCCGAUGAGGAGAAAUUCGCUCUCACUGAUAGUGUUGACGCGAGAAUCGCUGGAUGGAGGAAUGGAAAGCAGGAUAACCUGCGUGCCCUACUUGGUAGUCUUGACACUGUGCUUUGGCCUGAAUCCGGCUGGAAGAAGAUUGGCUUGGCAGAGUUGGUGUUGCCGAACAAGGUCAAGAUUCAAUACAUGAAGGGUAUUGCAAAGGUUCACCCUGAUAAGAUUCCGACGACUGCUACUACUGAACAGCGUAUGAUUGCUGGCGCCGUUUUUGGAACCCUGAACGAGGCUUGGGAUAAGUUCCGAGUCGAAAACAACCUGUGA